AUGAAAAACCCACUUGCCACUGGAAGUACACCAUUUCGAGACGAGACGACAGCGACAGCCAGCAAUGACCAAGGGCAGUACAAUUGUCGGAUAUGCGGAAAGAAAUUCGCUCUACAACGCCUUUUGAAUCGUCACACCAAAUGCCAUUCCGAUCUGAAACGAUAUCUAUGCACAUUCUGUGGAAAGGGAUUCAAUGACACGUUUGAUUUGAAACGACACACGCGAACACACACAGGUGUACGCCCGUACAAAUGUGAACAAUGCGACAAAUCGUUUACGCAGCGCUGUUCACUCGAAUCCCACCUACGGAAAGUUCACGGAGUCCUGCACAAUUAUGGCUAUAAGGAGCGAAGGAAUAAGGUAUUUGUUUGUGAAGAGUGUGGUUUCACGUCCGAACUAUUCGAUGUCUACGUUUCGCAUCUGAAAAUGUUGCAUCCGUUUUCAGCCGCUCUUCUGCGCCUUUCAGCACCGUCUAAGAAACUACCAGUAAGUCACCCUUAUCGGCAGCAGUUGCUCAUGAUUUCGCUUAGAGUUGAAGUUCGGGCGGGGGAGGAAAUUGGGGAGGGGGAGGAGCUGUUCUCUGUCUGUGGUUUGCGAACUAACAUAAGAUUCAUUCCACAUUUAUUCAUUUACCGUGUUAUAUUACUGUCCACAUUGUCAUAUUUAUACGGGCCGACAGAGUUGGUGAAGGGGCACGACUAG